AUGGAGCCCGAGGACCUGCCAUGGCCGGGCGAGCUGGAGGAGGAGGAGGAGGAGGAGGAGGAGGUGGCGGCGAAGGCCACGAACUCGGACGAGGUCGCGGUGGUGGAGGAGGUGGAGGAGGAGGCGGGGAAGUUGGACUCCGACUUUAACUAUGGGUACUACCAUCUGGAGAGUACCGACGACGACGACGAGGACGAGGAAGCCAAGGCCUGGCUGCAGGCGCACCCAGGUGGGCCUUUGCCUCCGCCGCCGUCCCCCGCGAGGUGCCGCUACUCGGAGGGUGAGCAGCCCUCCCUGGAGAAGGUUGUUCCAUUGACCUGUUAUGUAUGGCAACAGUCAUGUCAUCAAGGCAAUAGUAGAACACAAAUUUCUGACACAAAUGCACCAGAAACAACAGCUCAGUGGGGUUCUGGGGAUGAUCAGAGAAUAGAAUCUUGGCAUUGUCUUCUUCAAGGAAUGGACUCUUCCCUACCCUUGGCUACACCUCAGACCGAGUUUAGUGCAACAGCGGAAGGAACUGAAGUGACAGACUUCCCCUCUGUGGAGGAGGGUGUAUUGACCCAAUCAUAUCAAGUAAAGGAACCCAACAGAGAUCUCUUAUGUUCUCCAUUGUUAGUCAUACAAGAUAGCUUUGCUUCUCCUGAUUUGCCUUUGCUGACAUGUCCGACACAAGACCAAGAGUUUGGGUCUGACUCCUUAUUUCACCAAAGCGAACUAGGCUUUGCACCUCUGAGGGGAAUUCCUGAUAGAUCUGAAGACACCGAAUGGCUUUCUCGACCAUCGGAAGUUAGUGAAGCUUUAUUCCAGGCUACCUCAGAAGUAACUUCAGACUUAACUAACAGUUGCUUUAGUGUAUCUCAGCACACACUUACAGGUAGCGCAGCUGUUGGGUCUCAGCACUCUUUUUUACCCUCUGAACAAGGGAAUAAUGAAGAGGCUAUUUCAUCUGGUACUGUUGAUGAACCGAAAACCCCCAAAGUCUCUGAUAGUUAUGGUUCUCCUUGUUCAUAUAUGUCAUGGAAGACACGAAAAGAUACACAGCAGCCAGAAAGCAAUUUGACCAAUAAAGAUGAAGUUUCGGUUUCAACUUCAUCUGAUAUAACUGAUGGAAACAUAGAUACUAACAGAAGCAAUAAUUUUGAUGCUUCUUGUUCAUAUGCACAGUACUGGACACAGGGAGUUUUACAGCAGGGAGAAACAUAUUUAACCAAGGGCCUGCAGGGGAAGACUGAGUCUGACGUCAUUACUUCAGAUGCUGCUGCUGAAAGCUGUAGCCAUUAUGAAAAUGCUGUUGUGUGCGGUGAGAGAGUUACUGAACUACAAAGAAAGACACAUGACCAAUGUGACUUGACUGGUGAUUACAUUGAGCUAGCAGCUUUAGAAAAUUUGCUUGAUGAUCUAGAGAUGUGUGAUAGCUCCCUGCACUGGCAACCUACUUUACAAAUACCAUCUGAAAAGGAGAGCAAUUUUGAAAAGCCUAUUGGAGAUACUUCUAAAGGAGGCAUAGCUGAAAUUACUCAAUCCAAUUUGAAAUCAGGCAUCACUACCACUAUUGGAGAUUCAGACACUGGAUCACAUUUAUCCUUGUCUCUUGAGGACCUGUCUCAGUCAGCAGUAAGUUCUCCUCAAGACAAUACUAUUGGACAACACACUGAUACUCUCAACCAGAAGACGUUAGCAGAUACUCAUGUAACGGAAGAGACUCUGAAAGUCUCAGCUAUUCCUGAACCAACUGACCAGAAGACUAGGACACCAACAGUACCCUCUAGUUCCUACUCACAUAGGGGGAAGCCCAAUAUUUUAUACCAACAGGGCUUGCCAGAUAGUCAUCUAACUGAAGAGGCUCUGAAAGUUUCUGCUGUUUCUGGACCAGCUGACCAGAAGACUGGCAUACCAGCUGUAACCUCUACUUCCUACUCACAUAGAGAGAAGCCCAGUAUUUUCUAUCAACAAGAGUUACCAGACAAUAAUUUAACUGAAGAGCCUCCGAAGGUUUCAGCUGCUCCUGGAUCAACUGACCAGAAGACUGGAAUAACUAGUUCCUAUUCACAUGGAGAGAAGCCCCUUAUUUUCUAUCAGCAGAUCUUGCCAGAAAGUCAUCUAACUGAUCAGGCUUUGAAAGUUUCAGCUGUUUCUGGACCAGCUGACCAGAAGACUCGGACAGCACCAGUAUCCUCUACUUCCUACUCACAUAGAGAGAGGCCCAGUACUUUUUACCAACAAGAGUUGCCAGACGUUAAGCAGACUGAAGAGGCUCUGAAAGUUUCAGCUGCUCCUGGACCAGCUGACUAUAAGACUGCAAUACCAACAGUACCCUCUAGUUCGUACUCACAGAGAGAGAAGCCCAUUAUUUUCUACCAGCAGGCCUUGCCAGACAGUCAUCUAACAGAAGAGGCUCUGAAAGUUUCAGCUGUUGCUGGACUAGCUGACCAGAAGACUAGGAUAUCAACUGUAACCUCUACUUCCUACUCACCGAGAGAGAAGCUCAGUGUUUCCUACCAACAGACCUUAGCAGAUAAUCAUCUAACUGAAGAGGCUCUGAAAGUUUCAGCUAUUGCAGCUGACCAGAAGACUAGGAUAUCAACUGUAACCUCUACUUCCUACUCACCGAGAGAGAAGCUCAGUGUUUCCUACCAACAGACCUUAGCAGAUAGUCAUCUAACUGAAGAGGCUCUGAAAGUUUCAGUUUUUCCUGAGCCAGGUGACCAGAAGACUGAGUUAACCUCAGAACCAUCUAGUUUCUACUCACAUAGAGAGAAGCCCAUUAUUUUCUCCCAGCAGACCCUGCUAGAUAGUCAUUUAUCUCAAGAAGCUCUGAAAGUUUCAGCUGUUUCUGGAUCAGCUGACCAGAAGGCUGGGAAACCAACAGUGUCCCCCAGGUCCUACUCACAUGGGGAGAAAUCUAGUAUUUUCUACCAACAGGAGUUGCCAGACAGUCAUUCAACUGAAAAGGCUCUGAAAGUUUCAAUUGUCCCUGUACCAGCUGACCAGAAGACUGGGAUACAAACUGCAACCUCUGUUUCCUACUCUCAAAGUGAGAAGGCUGGUAUUUUCUACCAGCAAGCCUUGCCAGACAGUCAUCUACCUACAGAGGCUCUGAAGGUUUCAACUGCUCCUGGACCAGCCUUCCAAACAACUGGUAUACCAACUGUAACCUCUACUUCCUACUCACAAAGAGAGAAGCCUGGUAUUUUCUAUCAACAGACCUUGCUAGGUAGUCAUCUACCCGAAGAGGAUCAGAAAGUUUCAACUGCACCUGGACCUGCUGACCAUACAACUGGCACACCACCAACUGUAACCUCUACUUCCUACUCAGAUAGAGAGAAGCCUGGAAUUUUCUACCAACAGGCCUUAGCAGGUAGUCAUAUACCUGAAGAGGCUCUGAGAGUUUCAUUUGCUCCUGGACCAGCAGACCAGACGACUGGCAUACCAACUGUAACCUCUACUUCCAAAUUGCAACAUAGAGAGAAGCCAGGUGUUUUCUACGAGCAAGACUUGCCAGGUAGUCAUAUACCUGAAGAGGCUCAGAAAGUUUCAGUUGUUUCUGGACCAGCUGACCAGACGACUGGCAAACCAACUGUAACCUCUACUUCCUACUCACAUAGAGAGAAGCCUGGCAUUUUCUACCAACAGGCCUUGCCAAGUAGUCACAUACCUGAAGAGACUCUGAGAAUUUCAUUUGCUCCUAGUCCAGCUGACCAGAAGACUGGCAGACCAACUGUAACCUCUACUUCCAACUCGCAAAGAGAGAAGCCCAUUGUUUUCUGUCAAGAAGCCUUGCCAGAUAGACAUCUACCUGAAGAGGCUCAGAAAGUUUCACCUGCUCUUGGAUCAGCUGACCAGAAGACUGACGUACCAACUGCAACCUCUGCUUCCUACUUACAAAUAGAGAAGCCCCUUAUUUUCUAUCAACGGACCUUGUCAGAUAGUCGUCUAACUGAAGAAGCUCAGAAAGUUUCACUUGUUUCUGGACCUGCUGACCAGAAGACUGGCACACCAACUGUAACUUCUGCUUCCUUCUCACAUAGAGAGAAGCUUGGCAUUUUCUACCAACAGGGCUUGGCAGGUAGUCAUAUACCUGAAGAGACUCAGAAAGUUUCCAUUAUUUCUGGACCAGCAGACAAGAAGACUGGCAUAUUAACUGUAACCUCUACUUCUUACUCACAUAGAGAGAAGCCUGGUAUUUUCCAUCAAGAGGUUUUGCCAGGUAGUCAUCUAACUGAGGAAGUUCUGAAAGUUUCAGCCACUCCUGAAUCAACUGACCAGAAGACUGGCACACCUACAGUAUCCUCCACUUCCUACUCACUUGGAGAGAAGCCCAUUAUUUUUUACCAGCAGGUCUUGCCAGAUGGUCAUCUAACUGAAGCUCUGAAAGUUCCAGUUGUUUCUGGACCAGCUGACCAGAAGACUGGAAUACCAACAGUAUCUCCAAUUUCCUACUCACUUGGAGAGAAACCCAUUAUUUUCUACCAGCAGGCCCUGUCAGAUGGUCAGCUAACUAAAGAAGCUCUGAAAGUUUUAGGUGUUGCUAGACCAGUUGACCAGAAGACUGGGAUACCUACUGUAACCUAUUCUUCCUACUCACAUAGAGAGAAGCCUAUUAUUUCUUACCAACAGGAGUUGCCAGAUAGUCAUCUCAUCAAAAAGGCUCUGAAAGUUUCAAAUGUUCCUGAACCAGCUGACCAGAAGACUGGAAUACCAACAGUAACCUCUACUUCCUACUCAUAUAGAGAGAAGCCCAGUGUCUCUUACCAGCAGGACUUGCCUGAAUUUGAUGAAGAAGCUUUAAUACUUUUAGGCAUUGCUUCAGGAGCAGACCAGAGAAAUGUUAUACGAAUAGUGCCCUCUAGUCCCUACUCACAUAGUGAGAAGCCCAUUAUUUCUUACCAGCAACAGUUGCCAAAUUAUUCUGAAGAAGCUUUGAAAGUUUUAGUAGUUCCUGGAACAGCUGACCAGAAGACUGGCAUACAAAUAGUGCCUUCUACUUCCUACUCACAGGGAGAACAGUCCAUCAUUUCUUAUCAGCAGGAGUUGCCAGAUCUUACUGAAGUAGCUUGGAAAGCAUUUGGGGUUUCUGGACCUGCUGACCAGAAGACUGAGAUACAAAUAGCACCCUCUAGUUCCUACUCACAUAUAGAGAAGCCCAGUGUUUACCCUCAGCAGGAGUUUCCAGAUAGUCAUCUUACUGAUGAAGCUCUGAAAGUUUCACCUGUUUUUGUACCAGCAGAGCAGGGCACUGGGAUACCAACAGGAAUUCCUAAUUACUACUCACCUAAAGAGAAACUCAAGAUUUCAACUGUGGAUUUACUGGACGACCAGAAAACUGAGUUGCCAACAACUACCCCUAGCUCCUACUCACAUGGAGAGAAGCCCAGGAUUUCAACUGUGAUUGGACCAGAUGACCAGAAAACUCCGUUACUGACAGUUUUUCAUGGUUCCUAUUCUCAAAGAGUAAAGCCUGCUAUUUUAUUACAACAGCAGUUGCCAGAUAGAGAUCAAAGUGAAGAUAUUCCAAAGAUUUCAACUGUCCCUGGACCAACUGAUGUGAAUACUGGGAAACCAGUGCCUCUCUCUAAUUCUUAUUUUCAUAGAGAGAAGCCUCAUAUUUUCUAUCCACAGGAAUUGCCAGACAGACAUCUCACUGAAGAUACACUGAAGCUUUCAACAGUUCCUGGACCAGCUGACCAGAAAACGGUAUUACCAGUGGCUCCUCCUAGUUCCUUUUCACUCAGAGAGAAAUCGAAUAUUUUCUAUCAAAAGGAUUUGCCAGAUAGACAUGUAACUGAAGAUGCUCUGAAGUUCUCAGGUGGUCCUGGGCAAGCUGAUCAAAUUUCUGGGUUACAAACAAUUUCCUCUGGUACUUAUUCAGAUGGUGAGAAGCACAAACUUGUUUCAAAACAUGUCCAAAGGCAAAUAAAUAAUUUGAAUUCUUCUGACUCCAAUGUUAGCUCAAACAGUAUGCCUUUAAAUUCUCAGGCUGAUGAUAAAGUUGUAAUAAAUAAACCAGAAUCUGCAGGUCUUGUAGAUGUUGGCUCUGAGGAAAUCCGGGAUGCAGAAAAUAGUUCCAAAACUCUUAAAGAAAUUCAGACACUUUUAAUGGAGGCAGAAAAUAUAGCACUGAAACGAUGCAAUUUUCCUGCUCCCCUUGUCCCUUUCAGAGACAUUGGUGAUAUUUCAUUUAUACAAUCUAAGAAGGUGGUUUGCUUCAAAGAACCCUCCAUGACUGAUGUGUCUAAUGGUGAUUUGCUUCAGAGACAGCCAUGCACGGAUGAAAGCCCAAACAACAGGUGCAUGCAGAAGGAUAUUGGCACACAGACAAAUUUGAAAUGCCAGAAAGGCAUUGAAAAUUGGGAGUUUAUUAGGUCAACUACAGUUAGAAGUCCUCUACAGGAAGCAGAAAACAAAGCCGGUAUGGCAUUAGAAGAAACCCUUAGGAAAUACGAAGCAGCCAAAUCUGUAAUGAGGUCUGAACCUGAAGGGUAUAGUGGAACUAUUGGGAAUAAAAUUAUUAUCCCUAUGAUGACCAUCAUAAAAAGUGACUCAAGUAGUGAUAUAAGUGAUGGAAAUGGUUCCUGCUCAUGGGACAGUAAUUUACCAGAGUCUUUGGAAUCAGUUUCCGAUGUUCUUCUAAACUUCUUUCCAUAUGUUACACCCAAGACAAGCAUAACAGAUAGCAGAGAGGAAGAGGGUAUGUCAGAGAGUGAGGAUGGUGGUGGUAGCAGUGUAGAUUCUCUGGCUGCACACGUGAAAAACCUUCUGAAAUGUGAAUCCUCAUUGAAUCAUGCUAAACAAAUACUCAGAAAUGCAGAGGAAGAGGAAUGUCGGGUACGAGCACGAGCCUGGAAUAUGAAGUUUAAUUUGGCACAUGAUUAUGGAUACUCCAUUUCAGAAUUAAAUGAAGAUGACAGGAGAAAAGUAGAAGAGAUCAAGGCAGAGUUGUUUGGUCAUGGGAGAACAACUGAUUUGUCCAAGGGUUUACAGAGUCCACGAGGAAUAGGAUGCAAGCCAGAAGCUGUAUGUAGUCACAUUAUUAUUGAGAGCCAUGAAAAAGGAUGUUUCAGGACUCUAACUGCUGCUGAACAACCACAAUUGGACAGCCACAUUUGUGUUUUCAGAUCUUCUGACCCCUCAGAAAUGAUCGGAGGACAGCGGAGCCCAUCAUCACGGAAAGCUGGGCACAUCAACCUUUCCACAUCCCUACACCAGAACAACCCCCAUCUCAAAGUUUGGAAUUCCUUACAGUUACAAAGUCAUUCCCCAUUCCAAGACUUUGUAUCUGAUGACUUCAAAAUUAGCAAGGGUCUUCGAAUGCCAUUCCAUGAAAAGAUGAACCCUUGGCUCUCGGAAUUAGUAGAACCUGCUUUUGUGCCACCUAAAGAAGUAGAUUUUCAUUCUUCAUCACAAAUGCCACCCCCAGAACCCACGAAAAAGUUUACUACCUCCAUCACUUUUUCAUCUCACCAACAUUCUAAAUGCAUUUCAGAUUCCUCUAUGUUAAAGGUUGGUGUUUCUGAAGGUAGCCAGUGUACUGGAGCAUCUUUGGGGGUAUUUAAUUCUCAUUUCACUGAAGAGCAAAAUCCUCCUAGAGAUCUAAAUCAGAAAACCUCUUCCCCUUCAUCAUUUAAAACACAUAGUCAUUCACCAGAUAAAGAUGUGACUAUUUUAGCAGAAGGUAAUAGGAAAAGCCAAAAAUUACCUGUUGAUUUUGAGCAUUCUCAUAAAGAAGAAAAACUCUUAGAAAGAUCAGAUUUUAAAGGCAGUCAUUCUGAACCCAGCGCCAGUGCAAACUGUAGCAAUUUUAAGGAAGUUCAGUUUUCUGAUAACCAUACCCUCAUUAGCAUGGGCAGACCAAGUUCUACCCUAGGAGUAAAACAGAAGAAUGUAACUAUAACUCCAGAUAUUCCUUCUUCCAUUUUUCUUGAACAACGAGAGCUCUUUGAACAAAGCAGAGCCCCACAUGCAGAUCACCAUGUGAGGAAACACCAUUCUCCCCUUCCUCAACAUCAGGAUUAUGUAGCUCCAAUCCUUCCUUCUUGUGUUUUACUUGAACAACGAGAACUCUUUGAACAAAGUAAAGCCCCACAUGUAGAUCAUCAGAUGAGAGAAAACCAUUUUCCCCUUCCUCAAGGUGAGGAUUAUAUAGCUUCAGACCUUCCUUCUCCCAUUUUUCUUGAACAACGUCAAAGCAAAGCCCCACGUAUAGAUGACCACAUGAAAAAACACCAUUUCCCCCUUCCUCAAGGUCAGGAUUUUGUAGUAGAAAAGAGUAAUCAGCAUAAACCUAAAUCACAUACUUCAAAUAUAAAUGUUGAAGCCAAGUUCAGUAAUGUUUCCCAAUCGGCCCCAAAUCACUGUACAUUAGAACCAUCUGCAUCUACUCCACCUUCAAAUAGAAAAGCACUUUCUUGUGUUCGUAUAACUCUUUGUCCCAAGACUCCUUCCAAAUUGGAUAGUGGAACCUUAGAUAAAAGAUUUCAUUCAUUGGAUGCUGCUUCUAAAACAAGGAUGAAUAGUGAGUUUAACUUUGACCUACAAACUAUAUCUUCGAGAUCAUUGGAACCAAGCUCCAAAUUAUUGACCAGUAAACCUGUAGCACAGGAUCAAGAAUCUUUAGGUUUUCUAGGAUGUAAAUCUUCACUGGACUUCCAAGUCGUACAGUCUUCUCUUCCAGAUAGUAAUACUGUUACUCAGGACUUGAAAACCAUACCUUCUCAGAAUAGACAGAUAGUAACCUCAAGGCAAAUACAAGUGAACAUUUCAGAUUUGGAAGGAUAUUCCAAUCCAGAGGGGACUCCGAUAUCUGCAGAUCGAUCGUCACAGAAUAUUAAGACCUCAUUUUCUGCCUCCCCUGGAAAAUUGUCAUCUGAUGCAGUCACUCAAAUAACAACAGAAAGUCCAGAAAAGACCAUGUUUUCGUCUGAGAUUUUUAUUAAUGCUAAAGAUCGUGGACGUGAAAUUCCUGAGACUAGUUCCCAGAAGCUAAACAAAGCUCCUAGAAAGUUUGCUUCCUCAUCUUCAGUUCAACAAAUUACUUUUUCUCGUGGCACAGAUGGCCAGCCUGUAUUGUUGCCAUAUAAGCCUUCUGGUAGUACGAAGAUGUAUUAUGUUCCACAAUUGGGACAAAUUCCCUCAUUUCUGGAUUCCAAAUCAGAUACCACCGUUGAGAGCUCACAUUCAGGAUCCAAUGAUGCCAUUGCUCCAGACUUCCCAUCUCAGGUGCUAGGCACGAGGAAUGAUGACCUCUCAGCCACUGUUAACAUUAAACAUAAAGAAGGGAUCUACAGUAAGAGGGCAAUGAGUAAGGCGUUCUUGCCAGUGGGGAAAAAACCCUUGCAAAAAGAUAAUGCAGAUGCUUCAGUUCAAGUGCCCAUUCCUGGUGAUGAGAACCUCUCAGACAAAAAACGGAAAGGAGAAAUCAUUAGUACAAGGACAGUGACUAAAGUUGUCCAGCCUGAAGAAAAAGAAUCCUUGCAGAAAGACACUGCAGAUUCCAGUGAUGUUACUGCUGCAGAGCACUCAGCUCAAGUACAAGACACAAAGAUUAAAAACCUACCAGACACUAAAGCCAUUAAACAGAAAGAGAAGAUCCAUAGUAAGACGACAGUUCCUAUGGAAGCCUGGCCAGAAGAUGAAGAAUCCUUACAGAUAGAUAUUGAAGAGUCCGAAUGUCAUUCAGAAUUUGAAAAUACUACCCAUUCUGUCUUCAGGUCAGCCAAGUUUUACAUUCAUCAUCCAGUGCACCUACCCAGUGAUCAAGAUUUUGGCCAUGAAUCUUUGGGAAGGAGUGUUUUCAUGAGGCAUUCUUGGAAAGAUUUCUUUCAGCAUCAUCCGGGAAAACAUGGAGAAGACGCUUGUCUUCUUCCCUCUUAUCAAAAUGUGGACAAGACUAAAACAGAUUAUGCCAGAAUAAAAAGCCUCAGCAUCAAUGUGAACUUGGGAAACAAAGAAGUAAUGCAUACUCCUAAAAGUCAGGGUGGAGAUCAUCCACAAUGUAACAGACAAAUUAGUGAUCCAAAAAGGGAUCCUAAGGUCAUUCCAGAGCUAACAACUCCGCACACCGUGAGUUUAAAUGAACUCUGGAACAAGUAUCAGGAGCGACAGAGGCAACAGAAACCACCUGAGUUCGGUGACAGGAAAGAACUAUCCUUGGUGGAGCGACUUGAUCGUUUGGCUAAACUUCUUCAGAAUCCCAUCACACAUUCUCUCCAGGCCUCUGAAAGUACACAUGAUGGUAGCAGAGGGGAACGAGGUGCUAAGGAGUGGAGUAGUAGACAACAGCAGAGAAACAAGCUUCUGAAAAAGAAGCGGUAUGAAAGCCUGGAGAAAAGCCGUAAAAACACUGGAGAUCUUAAAAAAAGUAAGGUGCUUUCCACUCAUCAAGCUGGAAGAUCCAAUCAGAUUAAAAUUGAACAGAUUAAAUUUGAUAAGUACAUUCUGAGGAAACAGCCAAGUUUUAAUUAUAUAAGCAACACUUCAUCAGAUUCUAGACCCUCAGAGGAGAGUGAGCUGCUCACAGAUACUCCUACCAACAUCCUUUCCACCACUUCUGUGGAAUCAGAUAUAUUAACCCAAACAGAUGGAGAGGUAGCUUUGCACGAAAGGAGUAGCUCUAUUUCUACCAUUGACACUGCCCGAUUGAUCCAAGCUUUUGGUCAUGACCGAGUAUGUUUGUCACCCAGGAGAAUUAAAUUAUAUAGCAGCGUCACCAAUCAACAGCGGAGAUACCUUGAGAAGCAGACCAAACACAGCAGGAAAGCAUUGAAUACAGGCCAUCCCCUAAUGACUUCUGAGCACACCAGAAGGAGACACAUCCAGGUGGCAAACCAUAUGAUUUCUUCUGACUCUAUUUCAUCUUCUGCCAAUAGCUUCUUGAGCUCGAACUCUACUAUUUGCAAUAAGCAAAAUGUGCACAUGUUAAACAAGGGUGUACAAGCAGGUAACUUGGAGAUUGUGAAUGGUACCAAAAAACACACUCGAGAUGUUGGGAUGACUUUCCCAACUCCAAGUUCUAGCGAGGCUAUAUUAGAAGAGGACAGUGAUGUGACUUCUUGGUCAGAGGAAAAAAAUGAAGAGAAAAUUCUCUUUACCAGUUAUCCUGAGGACAAAAAGUUAAAGAAGAGCAAGCAGACUUCCUGUGAAGGAGUUUCAUGGUUUGUUCCUGUGGAAAAUGUGAAGUCUGGAUCUAAGAAGGAAAACCUGCCCAAGAUUUUUGGCCCUGGUAUCUCCUGGUUUGAACCCAUAACCAAAACCAAACCCUGGAGGGAGCCACUGCGGGAGCAGAACUGGCAAGGGCAGCGCACCGACUGUCGGGAGUCACUGGCAGGCCCAGGCAGAGAACCCCUGAAGCCAUUCGUGAGAGCAACCCUGCAGGAAUCACUUCAGCUUCACAGACCUGACUUCAUCUCACGCUCUGGGGAGCGGAUAAAGCGCCUGAAGUUAGUAGUCCAGGAGAGGAAGCUGCAGAGCAUGUUACAGAGCGAGCGGGAUGCGCUGUUCAACACUCAGAGAGAAUGGCAGGGCUGCCGGAAUCCUGUGCACCUGCUGCCCAAGAGAGUCUUCCUGGCUGCCCAGAAGAACAGGCCUAUUGGGAAGAAGGAAAUGAUUCAGAGGUCUAAACGGAUUUACGAACAGCUUCCAGAAAUACGGAAAAAGAGAGAAGAGGAGAAGAGGAGAUCAGAAUAUAAGUCAUACCGACUGCGAGCCCAGCUAUAUAAAAAGAAAGUGACCAAUCAACUCCUGGGGAGAAAAGUUCCCUGGGACUGACAUAAGAUUAUUUUCCUCAGAGCCUUGGAAUUCUAUUUUAUGAACCUGGAGAAGCACAAUUCUUACUUUUAUGAGUCUGGUUUAAUAAAGCUUACUCUUUGUCCUUGU